UGGAUGUGACCGAGAAGACGCGAGAAAAAAUCUUUCAGCGAGAAAGUUUUCUGGUGCUCAGCUCAAUUAUUAACAGCGCCUCGUAUCGUUUAAAAUCGUACCCUAACAAUUUUCUGAUGAUAAUGCAUUGUCUGAGACCGCCUCUACCGCUCAUCUUCACUAGAUUUGAACGGAUAAAAACCUUCAAGAGUACGAGCAGCGUUAUUGUUUGUGCUUUAAAAGGUCCACGACCAAGGUCUCCUAGAGUAUGGAAAACAAAAACUAGAAUUGGAACUAUCUCCAAGUCUUCUAAGCUUGUUGAAUGCAUUAAGGGAUUAUCAAAUGUGAAGGAGGAAGUGUAUGGGGCACUUGAUUCCUUCAUUGCUUGGGAGUUGGAGUUCCCUCUAAUUGCUGUUAAAAAAGCGCUGAAGACUCUUGAGAAUGAACGAGAAUGGAAAAGGAUAAUUCAGGUGAUAAAGUGGAUGCUAAGUAAAGGUCAAGGACGGACAAUGGGGACAAAUUUCACCUUACUAAAUGCAUUAGCUGAGGAUGAGAGGAUUGAUGAAGCUGAAGAGCUUUGGAAUAAAAUAUUUGCGGACAACUUAGAAGGCACGCCUCGCAAUUUCUUUGAUAAAAUCAUUUCCAUCUAUUACAAGAGAGACAUGCAUGAUAAGUUGUUUGAGGUAUUUGCUGAUAUGGAGGAGCUUGGUAUCCGACCAAGUGUUUCAGUUGUCAACAUGACAGGAAAUGUAUUCCUGAAUCUGGGUAUGCUGGACAAAUACCACAAAUUAAAGAAGAAAUACCCACCACAAAAGUGGGAAUAUCGAUAUUACAAAGGAAAGCGUGUUAGGGUUCGAGCAAAGCACAACAUUGAAUCUGAUGGCGCCAAUGAAGGUGUAAACAAGGACAACGAAACUCCCCAUAUUUCGAAUGAAUUACAAGAAGAAGAGUAUACAGAGUUAAAUGAAACUAAUAUCAAGCCGGUUUCAAAUGAAUUGAAUGAAAUCGCCGGUACAGAGUUAAACAUUGAAGCUAUUGUUGAAGCGUCCUUUUUAAAUGAAGCUAGUAUUGAGGAGGUUUCAACCUUAUUUGAUGACGAAACCAAGACAUAAUUAGGUGACUAGUACUCAACUUCCUGUGUAAAUGAGGCGAAUAUUGAGAGGUUUUAGACCAAUUCGAUGAAGAAGCUAAUAUCAGUUGAAGCUUAUGUUGUAUCUACCUGCAUUCUCUACCAGCAAACAGUCUAGAGUUAACAGAAUCGGGUAUCAUUUAUAGUCAAAAGCAUUCUACAGCUUCAGUUUCAGGAAUAUCCAAAAGAUCAGUCUUGUGGUCAAUGUCUAAUCCUCGUGCCAUCCUAUGUGACAGAAACAUAUUGUAUACGUAGACAUGUGAAAGUUUAUUUUGAUA